AUGUCCUCAUUCAUCCUGCCCUACACUACGCUGCAGCCGACGUAUGCGCGCGUCUUCGACGACGUGGCCGCUCAGCUCGUGCCCGCCGAGCGUGUCUGGCUCUCGGCGUACGCGCACAACGCUCAGGCACACUCGCUGCACGCUAAGCUCGUCCUUGAGCCGUGCAAGCCGCUCACGGGCGAGCGCGCGGCGGAGACCGCCGGCGGUGUGUGCGUCGCUGAGGUGCUCAACGGCAAUGGGCUGAAGGUGCAGCGCAUGUCCGACAGCAUGCUCGACUUCUCAGUGUCGAACACGGCCAGCUCAUCGUACACCGGCUCGACGUCAGCUCGCGUGCCGCAGCCAAGCGUGGUGGUGCCGCCGACGCUGCUGCGCCAGCCGCGCAAGACGCUCGGCCCACUCGUGCGAGGGCACGCUGGCGUCUCUGCCUUCGAUGUGGCGACCUGCUCGUCUGGCAUCGAGCGGUACGUGGCUGGUGGCGCCGACGGCGAUCUGCGCGUCGGCGUACUCGACCUGCCGGCAGAGGAGGCUGCUGCGAGCCAAGAGCUGUCUGCAGACGCGGACCCGGAGAGCCGCAUCGAGGCAUUGGCGCAGCAGCGGAUGCAGCAGAAGCUGCGCGACAUCGCGCGGGAUCAGGUCGUGCACUGCAAAGGACACGUCGGCGAUAUUCGCUCUGUGCGUUUCUUCCCAAGCGGCGAAGUAAUUCUCUCCACUUCGAGCGACCACACGUCACGCAUCUUCAGCGCCCUCGACGGAUCGUCGCCACGAACGCUCACUGGACACUCUCGCGCCGUGCUCUGCUCGGCAGCGAUUGGCCGCGGGCGGCAAGUCAUUACCGGCUCGGCAGACGGCACAUCGCGGAUAUACGACGUCAGCACGGGCAAGCAGAUCGGGAUGCUGGGCGCCGAGCGCUUUAGCAGCGUCAACGCCAUGGCGCUGGCGCCGACAUCAAGCGCCGCAGCACAGAACGGUGCUGCUGAGGAGAGUCUGCACGGCCUGCUCGUCACCGGUCUCUCAAGCGGCCAAGUCGAGCUGCACGACUUGCGAUCAAAACAGCGCACUGCGCUGCUGCCGACUUUCCUCUUCCCGCUCGGCGCCGCUCCGGCAGCGACAGACAGCUGGACGCAAGAUCGGGCUGGCGGCAUUGCCUCGGUGGCAUGGGCCACCGAGCACAUGCUCUUCUCCGGCUCGCUCAACGGCAUCGUCGCAGCGCACGACCUGCGCAUGGCCUCGGAGAGCAACUCGAACGACGCAUCAGCCGCACCAGCCAGUUUGCUCUGCUCCUGGCGCCGCAACGGCGCAGCAGUCACAGAUCUCUUCGUACCGCCAACAUCAGGCGCGCCGCGCGAGCUGCUCGUCGCCUCGGCCGACGGCCUGCCGUAUCGCGCCGACGUCGAGGCGCUCCUCUCGGGCGACGGCAGCGCACCGCGCGUCACGACGGAGCUCUGCGGCUGGGAGGCCGAGAGCGUCGAGGCUGUGCGCCUCGACGGCAAGGGGAGAGUGCUCGGCGCUGGCGCGGAGGGCAUGCUGCGUCGCUACUAG